GGUAACGCCUAUUCUAAAUGCAAGGGUGGCAGCAUUUUCAACAUGUCAAUUCAAUGCCGAAUUGAUACUCCACGCAUACUGAAAAUUGAAAAAUGCAAGAUUCAAAAAAAUAAAAUACUGAAAAUCGAAGUAUUUUGAUGGACGUUAAAAUCCGAGAGACAAUGACGCAGUGAUUCCAUUAUUCUCGACGUAAACCGCUUCUCUCGACUGUCACUGUGUUCCAUUCUCACGCAGCAAUGGCGGCGUCUCCCGAAGAGGAGGAGCCCAAUUCGUGGGAGGUGUUGCUGCGGAAGAUGCUGCCGGAGGGGGCCCCGUUGCCGGACGAGGACCAGCUCGACUACUCCAUCUCCAUCGACUACGUCGGCCCUUCUCCCUUCUUCAAGCCGCCCGAUGCAAAUCCCACCAUUCCCAAGUCCAGAUUCACCACUUUCCCCAAAAGCGCCCCCUCUCUCACCCCCAGAAACCCGGCGUGGAUCAAGUCCCGUUCCAGUUCGGAGACCACCAGCUCCGAUAACCGACGGCUCAGCGCCAGCUCCCUCGCUUUCGACGAUGAUAUCGCCAGCGACGCCGGAGUUGAAUCUGAACCUGGACAUCUCGGUGAUCGUCAUGAUCUUGACAAUUCUAAUUCAAGCGUUAUCGGUGGUGGUGGGGGUAGGGUUAGGGGGUGUGGCAGGUGUGGGAAGGGGAGGAAUGGGGUGUUGCGAGGUCGAGAGCGAGAGCGGUGCAUUGUGUGUGGGGCAGAGUACUGCAAGAAGUGUGUGUUGAAGGCGAUGGGGGCGAUGCCGGAGGGGAGGAAGUGCGUGGGCUGCAUCGGGAAGGCCAUUGAUGAGGCGAACCGGAGGCGGCUGGGGAAGGGCUCCAGGGUGUUGUCGAAGCUCUGCAGUGGUGUGGAGGUUGAGGUUAUAAUGCAGGUGGAGAGGGAGUGCAAGGCCAAUCAGGUGAGGCCCGAGCAGGUUGUUGUCAAUGGGGAGGAGCUCAGGGACGAUGAAUUGGAUGAUUUGUUGGGCUGUCUCGUGCCUCCCCGAGACUUGAAGCCGGGGAGAUAUUGGUAUGAUAAGGAUUCUGGCCUUUGGGGAAAGGAGGGAGGGAAGCCGGAAAGGAUCAUUAGCUCGAAAUUGAAUGUGGGAGGCAAGUUGCAGAUUGGUGCGAGCAAUGGUGACACGAGGGUUUACAUGAACGGCCGUGAGAUCACUAAAGUUGAGCUCAGAGUCUUGAAGCUGGCUAAGGUCCAGUGCCUUCCUGACACGCACUUUUGGUUAUACGAUGAUGGAUCCUAUGAAGAGGAAGGCCAGAACAACAUUAAAGGGAACAUAUGGGAAAAGGCUUCUGUACGUUUCAUUUGUUCAUUGUUCUCACUGGCUGUACCUUCUGAACGUGCUCAAAGAACGAAGGGAGGACCUGCUUUAUUGUCAUCUAGAUUGUUGCCCGAGUAUCUGGAGCAGCAUAGGGUCCAGAAACUUCUUCUUCUUGGAUUGGAGGGCUCUGGGACAAGUACCAUCUUCAAGCAGGCCAAGUUUAUAUAUGCGAACAAAUUUACCCCUGAAGAAUUGCUGAACAUUAAGCUUAUAAUUCAAAGUAAGAUGUAUAGAUAUCUCAGUAUUCUACUUGAGGGGAGGGAAUAUUUUGAAGAGGAGACCUUGAUGAAACAAGUUUCUGCUGGUAUGGCUGCUGACAGGUCUGUACCAGGAGAAUCGGAAUGUGAUGGAAGCAGGCAAUGCAUCUAUUCAGUUAACCAGAAAAUUAAUAAUUUCUGUGACUGGUUGUUGGAUCUCAUGGCUUCAGGGGAUUUAGACACUGUCUUUCCUGCUGCUGCACGCGAAUAUGCUCCUAUAGUUGAUGAAAUUUGGAAGGAUCCUGCCAUACAGGAAACUUACAAGAGACGAGAGGAACUACCAUCACUUCCCGAUGUUGCAACAUAUUUCUUAGACCGGGUGAUGGAGAUAUCAAGCAACGAGUACGAACCAUCAGAGAACGACAUUUUAUUUGCCGAAGGUGUUACUCCCACCAACGGGCUAGCAUGCAUUGAGUUCUGGUUUGAUGAUCACAGUGCAGUUUCUCAAUUAUACAACGAAGACUCCAAGUAUGAACCACCUCUGUCAAUGUAUCAACUGAUUCUGGUGAGCUCUCCAGGGCUACAUGAUGGCUGGAAGUGGUUAGACAUGUUCGAAGGCAUGAGCGCCGGCCUCUUAUGCGUUUCCUUGAGUGACUAUAACCGACAAUGGACGCAUAGUUCCGGUCUUGAACAGAACAAAAUGGUGGCAAGCCGGGAUUUCUUCGAGAGCGUAGCUCGACGUUCUUGUUUCGAGUACACGCCCUUCCUCCUGCUGCUGACCAAAUACGACGUGUUUGAGGAUGAAAUUGAGCAGGUCCCUCUAACUGUUUGCGAGUGGUUCAAGGAUUUCAACCCUUUGAAGACUCACGGCAAGAACCUGUCGCUGGGACAUCAGGCGUUUCACUACGUUGCCCUGAGAUUUAAGGAGCUCUAUGCCUCCAUCACGGGCAGGAAGCUCUACGUACGCCAAGUGAAGGGCCGUGACCGGCAGUCAGUCGACGAGGCAUUGCGCUACGCACGCGAAAUCGUCGACUGGGAGGACCACAGUUUCGGAGGUAUCUAUGCCAUGAGCGAUGAUGAUUCACUAUCUGCUGCAGAGACCAGCUCCUUCGCCCAGCAAUGACGAAUUUUAACUCUUUCAUAAUCUUUUUAGUUUUAUUUUUGGGGGAUGAUCGCAAAACUACCUUUAAGGCUCAAGUUUUAACCUUACAAAUUAGGGGGGAUAAGAAACUCAGAGAUUUGGAGGGAAUGUAUUAGGAAGGUUUGCUAGGUUUAAGGGUAGUUUUUGCAAUCAUCCCUUUAUUUGUUUUUUUUUCUUUUUCUAAAUUUGUGAUUGUGAAAACAUACAUAACAAAGCUUCAUAGUAUCCAUACGAAAGUUUGACCGAUCAA